CGUGCGCGCCCGCGUGAGAUUUGCACAGUCAUGGCGCUGGAAUCUCUCCCCGCCUUAUUUUGACAACUACUCCUGUGUCGGACCUUUUCUUCCUCUUCAAUGGAAGGCGCCUCUACUCCCACGGGACACUUUUAAAUCUUUUCUCUUUAUCUGUGUUGUAAACACACUCGGGAAAACCCUGAAAAGACAUUUACGUCCUCUUCAAUACGAGACUUUUGGGACUUUUUCGUCGUCGGUAGUGGCGAGCAGAUAUUCGAAGGGAGGUUGAUUGAGAAGCUGGCGGUUCCAAUCACGAGUUUGAAGAAUUAAACACGUGGAUUUUUUUCCCACUACCUAUGUGAUGGUAAAGGCACGUGACUGAUGGCUAGAAAGGUUAAGAUCACCACGGCAAAAAGAAGAUUCCAAAUCAGGAAAGCGUCUCGUGAGUGGCCACUAAUCAACUACCGAUGCAUCUGAUUGGAUCCGAUGGUGGACGACCUGUCGAUUGACCGCUGGGUCAGGAUUUCCCACUGUCAGCCAUGUUGGAGCGAUAAAAUGGAGUCGCACAUGGUAUCAAUGGAUUUCAACUCUGGCGUUGAUGGGAGGCAACUUUUGGACAUCAGUGAAUUGAAGACACAAAGACAUAUGGGCUAAAUUCAGUCAACUGCAAUCCCGCCAUGCAUUGCUCGUUGAGGAAGAAGCCGCCGACGCGCGGCUCGGACUUCUCCGCCAUCGCCGUGCCCUCUAUGCACGGCUCGGGCUAUCUGGACUACACGGUGGAGAGUCACGCCUCCAAGUCACUGAAGAUCAUGGACGAGUUCAGGAGGCAGGAGAUGCUGUGCGACUUGGUGCUGCGCGUCACCAACAAGGACAAGACCAUUGACUUUAAGGUGCACAAGCUGGUGCUGGCCGCCUGCAGCCCGUACUUCCGGGCCAUGUUCACCAGCAGCUUCAAAGAGUGCCAAGCCUCCGAGGUCACCCUGCGCGAUGUCUGCCCCCAAGUGCUGGGGAGGCUCAUUGACUUUGCAUACACCUCGCAUAUCAUCGUGGGCGAGAAGUGCGUACUGCACGUACUCUUGGCCGCCAUGAGGUUCCAGAUGGAGGACGUGGCGAAGGCGUGCUGCGACUUUCUCGUCAAGCAUCUGGAAUCGUCCAACGUCAUCGGGAUCACUCGCUUCGCCGAGGAGCUGGGAUGCGCCGACUUGUACCAGCGCGGCCGCGAGUACAUCAACACGCACUUCAGUGAGGUGACGAAAGAAGAUGAAUUCUUCAAUCUGUCUCACUGCCAGCUGCUGGAACUCAUAAGUCAGGACAGCAUCAAGGUGCUCUGUGAGUCCGAGGUGUACAAAGCGUGUACGGACUGGGUGCGGUGGGACAUGGAGAAUCGAGCCCAGUAUCUCCACGCGCUCCUCAACGCUGUCCACAUCUACGCCCUUCCGCCAAAGUUCCUCAAAAACCAACUUCUGUCCUGCCCCAUUCUCAGCAAGGCCAACGCUUGCAAAGACUUCCUGUCGAAAAUCUUCCAGGAAAUGACAUUGAGGAUGGUUCCUCCGGCACCCAUACGUGGAACGCAACUCAUCUAUGUGGCCGGCGGAUACCGGCAGCAUUCCCUGGCCACCAUGGAGGCGUUCGACCCCGUCCGCAAAGUUUGGCUCAAACUGGCCGACAUGGCGGCUCCCAGCAGCGGCUUGGGCGCGUGCACCCUCUUCGGCUUGCUCUACACGGUGGGCGGCAGGAAUCUGUCGCUGGAAAGCAUGACCGAGUCCAGCGCGUUGUGCUGCUACAACCCCAUGACCAACCAGUGGAGCCAACGCGCGGCGCUCAACAUGCCGCGCAACCGGGUGGGGGUGGGCGUGGUGGAUGGCUGCAUCUACGCCGUGGGGGGCUCGCAGGGCGGCACGCUGCACAACACUGUGGAGCGGUGGGACCCGGAGACCAAUCGUUGGUCCUACGUGUCCCCAAUGCCGGUGGCCCGCCUGGGGGCCGGAGUGGCGCCCUACGGAGGAGCGCUCUACGUGGUGGGCGGCCUGGUCGGGCAGAGCCGAUCCAACGCAGUUGAGAAAUACCAGCCGGACAGCAACAGCUGGCAGCAGCUAGCGCCCAUGAGCAUCGCGCGCAGCGGACUUGGUGAGCUAGCUUCGCCACAGCUCGAGUCACACCAGUUGUCGUCCAUAGAAUUGUUCAGUGUUGAUGUUUGGAUCAUGUCAAACAAAAUGAAACAGCGCCGAUUUUUUGGGGCAGGCCUGGUGUGCGUCAACGCUCACCUGUACGCCAUUGGCGGCUACGACGGUCGCAACCAGCUGGCCGUGGUAGAGCGCUACAACAUUUCCCGAAACACGUGGGAGCCCCGGGCGUCCAUGCAGUGCUGCCGGAGCACGCACGGCGUGGUCGUGCACCAGGGGCGCAUCUUUGUGCUCGGAGGAUUCAACCAGCACGACUUCGUGUCCAGCGUGGAGUGCUACUGCCCGGAGAACAACGAGUGGACGUACGUGAGCGACAUGACGCUGGGGCGGAGCGGCAUGGGCGUGGCCGUCACCAUGGAGCCGUGUCCCGCCAGCCUGCCCCCGGAGCAGGACGAUGAUGACGGCGACGAACACUGACGUUUUUGCAAGUGGACGCUAAUGUGGAUUGCUGCAGGUGGACUUUAUUUUUUUUACCAAGGUGCUACAACAACAACUACAGUGGUGUUUUGAGACACAACUUUACUUUUCUUAAAUUAUCCUCGCCCACUUUAAUGGAUUGAUUCUAGCCUAAAAAAAAAAAA